UGAAGGCGCAAAUAAAUGCAGUUUACCAGAUACAUACUCAAAAACACCCACAAAACAACAGUUUGACAUAUUUACUUCCAUGAGCAACAUGUGGUUGAGCCUACUUACCUUGCUCCAGGAGGCCGGGCGGUAACCUUCCCCCUCGCCGCAAGACAGCGCUCAGACACCGGCUUCACCAAGAGCAACCCCCCGGGACUGGAGGAUAAAUCCACCUCAAAAUCAGGUGGGGGCCGAACACCGGCCGCCGCAGACACUCGCAGGCGGGGAGGGAGCGACGCUUUCCGCCGCCAGCCCCGGAGCAGAGCAAGGGGGACGCCGAGCAGAGCCGAGCCGAGGCGAGGAGAAGCAGGAGAGGAGGCACACGGAGCCCACGCACAGGAAUGUUGAGAGCUCCUGUAGGUGGACAGACGUGGACACGCGGCGCACAACCUCAGGAAAUUCCCCUCUGUCGGUGACACCAUCAACAUCUGGCGGCGAGGACUGCGGCGCCGUUCGAGUGUCAUCUCUGGACCGAAUAACAGGCUCUGCCGCCUCUGCCCCUUUAGUUCUACCUCCUCUGCUCAGGGAGUGCCGAGUGCCUGAGUCAAUACACUGCAUUCUGGGAUCGUCUGGAACCCUCUCGAUGGGCCGCACCAACUGCUGACCAACCAGGGGGGUAUUGAAGGAGCUUUGUAUUGAAUGAGGAUCGUGCAGCGUGAGGGGACGCUCGCAGGGCGAUGAUUCCGCAUGAAGCGCGGCGCACUCGGCCCCCCGUCGUCCUCGGCGGAUGCAGCAGGUGUGACGCCGUGACGUUCUCGCCUUGCGCCCUCAGCUCGCCCUCCUCCGGUCGUUAGAAUCACCCGGACCGAACAGGCCGUCCCGCCUCCCCUCAGGCCCCUCCUCCUUACCUUUUCCAUCUUGAAUCCCGACUCACUUCCUCAGCGGGACUCGGAUGUUUCCGUAGGGCGACGCCAAGUACGAGGAAACGAGCACAUGUAGAAGGAGAGAGGAAAGUGUGAAGAAGGCAACAAAAGGAUCAAGUAAGUACACGAGAGGUCAAGAUGAAGUCCAACCAGGAACGCAGUAAUGAAUGUCUUCCCCCGAAGAAGAGGGAGCUCCCGUCUGAAAACCGCUCCCCGACUAUACCCUCUGCUCCAGACCCCCAGCGCCAUGAUAACGUGGCAUGGCUUGUGGGCGGCGGCGGUGGCAAUGGAAGCACCAUGAGCGCUCCUCGCAGCUCUGCACAAUCAGGUGCUCCCCAGUAUAAAUCCCUCUUCUCCGCGUCGGACUCCUCCUCCAUGACGCUGGUGUCCUCCCUCCCCACGGUCUACACGUCCCCACACGUCGGAGGGACGGUCCACUACGCUCAACUGCCUCCCAACCUUCAGUUCAUCACCUCGCCUUACACUGCGCCCUACGCCAGCUACAUCGCUCCCCAGCUGCUUCCACCUCCGCCGCUGCCUCCUCCCUUCUCCUCCAGAACCUCAUCGCACGCAGAGACCGUCUGCGCUCCCUCCCACGCCUCCAAAUUCGAGCAACAGCGGGCAUCCAUCCGGCACACCUCCUCCAUGCCUCCGCCGCCCACAGACGCCACCCCGCUCCGCGCCUCUCCUCGGACCCUGCGCUCGCCUCACUCACUGCACGGCCAUCACACGCCAGCGUCACAGUACACGGACGGAGGAACCCCCAGGAAAGAGGAAGGGGGGUCCAGAGAGCUUCACAACGGAGGGUUGGAUCGGACCCUGAGGUUUGAGUCUGGACACUCUAAGCCAAUCAAAUCCCGCGACGCCUACGAGUCCUGCCAGCUGGUUCUCCCGUCAGAGUAUGCUCACGACCACAUGGCGCUGAGAACCUCCGUAAUGCUCAUGCCCAACAGCCAUGGGGACCACCAGCUGGUACCAGCCAGGAACAGCCCUGAGAAGACCUCCGCCCACAUGGAGAAAGGCAACAUUCUCCUGGGGAAGCCAAUCAAUCGCACCCCUUCUUUCACCUUUCCACCCCCCUUAAGUGUUGACAAUCUAAAAGCUGCAGUUGGCCCACUAUCGCCACAGACUGUUAUACAGACCACCCACAGCUCCACAUUGGAGUCCGUGGGGCUGCCUUCCCCCGGCGUCUACCCCCAGUCCCCAGUGAUUGGUUACAUAGCGGGGUCCAGGGGCAGCCAGCACACGCCAAUGGGCUACCACACCAGCCUACAACAGCACGUUCUCAUCACUGGCACCCAGCCAGUCAUCAUCCCAGUCAAUGAAAGCAGAGCUCCCACGCUAGAGCCCACUGUGUCCCAGGAUAUUACGUCAUCCACCCAGGCCCCCUUUCCUGCAGCUCCCCCUUACACCUACAUCGCCGCCCCGAGAGGAGAAACCCAAGACAAUCCCGGCGUCUCGUAUCACCAGGUCGCCUCGGGCGGGGUGGUCCAAGCCCAGCUGCACCUCCCCGUCGUCCCAUCAACGAUGGCGCCUCCGCCGCAGUCGAGCGCGGUAGCUCCCCCGUCGCUGCCGCCGUACUUCGUCAAGGGCUCCAUCAUCCAGCUGGCGGACGGCGAGCUCAAGCGCGUGGAGGAGCUGAAGACGGAAGACUUCAUCCAGAGUGCAGAGAUCAGCAGAGAGCUGAAGAUCGACUCGUCUACGGUGGAGCGCAUCGAAGGGAGCCACGUCUCGCCUAACUUUGCGGUGGUUCAGUUCUCUGUGGGCGAGCACCGUGCACAGGUGAGCGUGGAGGUUUUGGUGGAGUACCCCUUCUUCGUCUUUGGCCAGGGGUGGUCUUCCUGCUGCCCGGACCGGACCACCCAACUUCUGGAGCUGCCUUGCACCAAGCUUUCCGUAGGCGAUGUUUGUAUUUCGCUCACCCUCAAGAACCUGAGGAACGGGUCUCUGCCCAGAACUCAGCCUUCAGAGCUGGCCCCCAGUCGCGGGCACCCCAGGGCCCCUAAGCCUCUCUCCAAUGUUCCCCAGAGGUGCAGUGGAGGAGGAUCCUGGCACGGUGAGCGGGAGAAUGGCGUUGGCCAGCUGGGUGGCAGCGGCGGGAAGGAGUGUAACAGCACUGUGGAAAACGGGGAUCUGGCGUUUGGGCAAAGAGGUUCCAGGUUGGUUUUGAAAGACGAGCUCGCGGAACCCGGGAAGCCUGGGAUGUCAUCUGGGGGCAGGAAGCGAAGGUGGUCGGCCCCCGAGGGUCGGAAAGUUGAAAAAUCCGAGGAGCCGCCCUUGACCUUGGCCAAACCUUCUUUUAUCCCCCACGAGGUGAAGGUCACCAUCGAGGGAAGGUCAAAUAUCGGCAAGUGAAUGUGACCAGGAAAAGGUGAAAGCUCACUUUAGUGUUUCAUGAUUUGUUUUCACCUUAGACUAGACGACAACACUCGACACGCUCUCACCUUCGACCUAGUUUUGAUGGAUGAAAACAACCUGUGCUUUUGGCGAAGGCUUUUCACAAGACUUCGCGGAAGGACGGGCGAGGAGCGCUAGCUCAGCGAGGCCGUUAGCUGACGGUGUUCUGCAGCACGUGUGAGAGGGAACAACGCUUCUUCUUCGUUAGCUUAGCAUUUCAGCAUUCUGCUCCAUAUCAAACGCCCAUUUUGAAAUGAUUGUCAGAGAAAUAUGAAUCAGGGGUCAUAAAGUGGAACUGUGACAGGUCAUUUUCUAUCCAAACAUGACUUUGUACAAACACACUGGGUUGGCCGACGUUCCUCCUCGUAUUUGGUGAGAAAUAUGUUCCGUUCUAUUUUUGUAACUCGAGAGCGUCGUGGUUGUUUUUAACGCAGUACUGUAUGUUUGUUGGCGUUUUUAAGACAUGGGGGGAGGGGGAGGGGGGGUGACUAACAAGUAGCAGCAGCAGCACUUUGGCAGAGCGAAGGCGGGGUCAAGUUGUUUUUGUAAUUAACUUUUUUUUUCCGGUGCCGUAGAUGUGCCUCAAAAGAAAUUGGACGAAGAGCUCGCGCCGCACGAGUUUUGAAGGGUGUCUUUGUCUUUUCGUGUGCUAGAUUGUGCGAGACGCUGGCUUAUGUUUGUCCACACACACACACACACACACACACACACACACACACACACACACACACACACACACACACAUAUAGAACACACAACAAUCCAGGCCAUCCCUGUAAUUUGAUUGUUGUACUGUAUCGGUGGCGAUUUGGGUGCAUAUCGUCCCCAUCGGACUGCUUUUUGGCCGUAUGCACACUCGUAGUUAACAGUACCAGUUGCACAUGUGGCGUGUUCGUGUAUGAGUUUAUGUAUACUAUGUAUAGACAAGUAAUACACUUCAUAGCUAGAGAAAUAUAUGAAUAGACAAUGUUCAUGUCCAGUGUUUCCGCUUGAAAUCUUUAAAGAGAAUCUUGCAGUUUGCACAUCAGGUGGGAGAGAGUCGUAUGGUUUUUGUUUUGUUUGUUUUUUUGGCGGGUGGACCCCCGAUCUUUUAUGAUGAGCUCGAGGCCACCCGCAAAAAAAGAAACACUGGAGCAGCCCCAAUAUUUCUGAGUUAAACACACACAGUGUGCAAUGUGCCUGCCUACUGAGCUCCAGUCGACAUUUGGCGUCCCCACGGGGGGUUCGAACUGGGGCUGUGGUGCGGGAAAAACCUGUUGCACAAAGAUGUAGCCGUUAUUUGACACACGUUACGUACGCUCUCUCAGGGCCAGGGGGUGCACUAUCUGGGGGAAACAUGGGGGCCAACGCACAGGGGAACUUUCUAGGAAGGACCCCCAUGGGGUGUCGUCCCCCAGGGAGCAACAUAAGGCAGAGGUGUCUUUUUCCACUGAGGGCCACAUUAAAAAAAAAAAUGAUGGAAAGCAAUCCAAUUUAGAUCAAAUUUGCUGUGCUAGCUGAAGAAAACAUCAACAUGUUAACUUUGGAAAUCUGUGUAAUGUCUCGUGAAUAAUUAUUUACUAUCAAAAAAACAAUCUGCAACUGGAAAUGGCCCCCGGGCCGCACUUUAGACACCCUAUACCCUUGGUAAGGGAUGACUGGGAGGGUCAGCGAAGGAUGCAAUCAAGGAGGAGUGAGAGUGUAAGAGAUUACCUUAGAGCAUACUUGCCAACCCUCCCGUUUUUACCGGGAGACUCCCGGUAUUCAGCGCCUCUCCCGAUAACCUCCCGGCAGAAAUUUUCUCCCGACAAACUCCCGGUAUUCAGCCGGAGCUGGAGGCCACGCCCCCUCCAGCUCAAUGCGGAUCUGAGUGGGGACAGCCUGUUCUCACGUCCGCUUUCCCAUAAUAUAAACAGCUUGCCUGCCCAAUGACUUCAUAACUGUAGAAUGAUCGAGGGCGAGUUCUUGGUUUCUUAUGUGGGUUUAUUGUUAGGCAGUUUCAUUAACGCCCUCCCAGCGUGGUAACAACACACAACAACAGCAGUCACGUUUAGUCUACCGUAAAGCAGUUCGUCUGCCGUAAACAGCAAUGUUGUGACACUCUUAAACAGGACAAUACUGCCAUCUACUGGAUAGCCUCCAGAACACUGAAA